UCCGUAUACAGUCGGUAAUCCAUCGUCGACAACUGUUGUGUGGACACGCGAAAGGGAGACACACAUUGCAGAUUCCUAACCUGUCUAUACUAGACAUCAAACUGACUGAUGAAGGAAUAUAUACAUGUACAGCGUCCAACAAAAUGGAGCCUACAAAUUGUAGUUCCAGGCAGGGUUAUGCCCGUACGAGUUUCUUCUUGGAUGUACAAUAUGCUGCUCAGAUAACACGGUACGUUGCCAUCGGCUAUGAUAAUCAGAUGGUAAUUAAUGCUACUGAAAACGACGAUGUUCAUUUAGUUUGUGAGUUUGACAGUGACCCAGUAGCAAACAUAUAUAUUUUAAAUGGUACACGCAUUCUGAAAAGGGGACAUAAUAAUACACUGGUUGCCACUAUUUCCCAUGCUCGAUGUGAAUACGAUGCAGCAGUUUACAGUUGUCAGGGUGGUAACAUACAUUCCAAUUCUACAGGAAUGCAAGAACGCGUAUUACAAGUCUUCGUUAAAUGUGCACCAAGAAUAUCGCCAUUCUCACCACCUGUCACUAACAUCUCGAGGACAAUAAACGGAUUUGUGGUUCUGACGUUUACAAUUAAGGCAUACCCUCCACCUAACAGAGCUGCAUACUCGUGGUACAGAUUGAAUGACUCAGCGUGGAUAACGAUUAUUGAUGUUUACACUGCGAAUAUUAGCAUUUCUGCAGAUGGAUUGCAGACAAAUAUGUCUAUCUCCAGAUUACAGAGCGCUGAUUUUGGAAGAUACAGAGUCAGUGUUUACAAUGACCUUGGAAACGCAACACAAGAAUAUGAGCUUAGAGCACAUUACAAACCUGAACCACCUAAAAAUCUCAAUGUCAAAGAAGGUUCAUUGAAUGUGGAUUCUUUCACAGUUGAAUGGGAGCCCGGUUUCAAUGGUGGUGAAGAACAGACAUUUUAUAUACAAUAUAAGCCCAUGGAGUCAACCUUGCAAUGGACAGACGUGAAUGUGUCGUCUAAUUCUUGGAAAUAUACACUUCUUGGGUUACAGUCUGGGACAACAUAUUUUAUUAAAAUGUUUGCGAGGAACAUCGUUGGUAUAUCAGAUGAGACAGACGUCGUUACUGCUACAACACUCGUGGGUUUCGCCAAUUCUCCUUCAACUCUAACAUCAGUUGCUAUUGGAGCGGCUAUAGGUGGAAUCGUCUGUUUUACGUUAUCUGUUGUCGGUGUCUUUUGCUGGAAGAAACGCAAACCUACAAAACAAAAACAGGUCGUCAUGCAAUACGAAGACCUGAUCGUUCCACUGAAGCAACAAUGCCCCCCAUAA